UUAAAAUUGUUUUGACUUGUCUCUUGGGAAGAAAUGGGUAACGCACAGUCUGAGAAACUCUACAGUUAUUGUAGGACAGGUAAUGUUGAAAAAGUCAAUCAAAUACUCAAUAGUGCCAGACCUCAACAUCACUUUGACGUAGACUGGAAGCACCCAGGGAAGCACUAUCGAUCCCCGCUUAUUGUUGCAAGCAAGAAAGGACAUAAAGAGGUUGUGAUAUCACUCCUUGACAAGAAAGCCUCUACCGGUCAAAGGGAUUUUUUUGGCUGGAAUGCUCUUGAUUAUGCAGCAUACAAAGGACACAACGAAGUAGCAGAGAUCCUUACUCGUGAUGGUAAUUGGGUGUCUAAUGGAAGAACCUCCUAUUACAAUGAGUCAUCACUUCAUAUUGCUACACGAUGUUUAAAUGUAGAAAUUGCUGAAGUAUUGCUUAAGAGAGGAGGCACUGCUCUUAUUGAUGCUACAACAAGUGGAAGAAAGACAGCUCUACAUUAUGCUGUUGCAAAAAGAAAUAUAGAGCUUGUUCGCCUUCUUUUGAAGCACAAUGCUUCAAUUUAUAUCAGGAAUAUGGAUCGACAGACACCAUUGCAGUUAGCCAGAUCAAAAAAUUUUAAGGAUGCAGUUCAACUAAUGGACAAAGUAAGAAAUGCCCCUGGCAGUUUUGAAACCACCUCCAAUGAUCAUGAAGAUAUUGAAGAUAAUGAUGCUGUAGUUACUGACAGUAUCAGAGGGCAUUCUGAGUCAAAAAUAGACAGUGUUAGUAUUUUUUCUGAAGCAAUAGAGGUACAAUGUUCUAUUAAGUGCAUUGUAUCUGGACCUCCGAUGUCUGGAAAAACUGUCUUCACAAAUCGCGUAAAAGGAGAAAUAGUUAAUAUCACAAAGACCAAUGGUAGCCCUAGGCCUCAUGCAAAGAAAUUGAUGACUAGGCAAAAGAGCUUUGUUAUUCCAUUUGCCCGACUAUCUAGCAUUGCAUCAUUAGGCAGUGAAAAUAGCUCCGAUGAUGAUGGUCAGCCACCAAACUCACCCCCUUAUACCCCCCAAGACAGCUUCAAAUCAACAGCAUCCAAAUAUUUUGAUGACACUGAAAAUCUUUAUCAACUACCAGACCGAAUCAGUUACGACCCGCGAUCUCUUCACAUAUUUAAUGUAGGUAGUCAACCUGAGCUUAUUCCUGCCUUACCUCUCAUCCUCCGUGGACCAGCUUUAUAUUUUGUUUUCUUUGAUGUAUCUUGUGAGCUGACAAAAGAGAUUGUUGUUAGAGGCGAUGAUGGAUAUACAAUGCAUUACAGCACAAUACAGUACCUGCAUCAAACCUUGUCAAGCUACUAUGAAAUUGGAAGGGAAGAUGGCUGUAAGGCUAUCCUCAUUGCCACACACAUCGAUCAUAUUGGGCGGGAUAACAUGCAGAAAGUUUUAAAAAAGAAAGACAAAGAAUUGAGAAAAUAUUUUGGGAAGGCUGAUUUUGUCAACGAUGACUUCAUCGUAACUGAUCCAAAGAACAGUUACUUGUUCUUUCCCAUUGACAACAUGAAUGGCGACGAUGCUGAGCUUAAGCACGUAGUGAAAUUUAUUGAAGAUAUAUUAAGCAAAUCUUUCAAACCCAUGCAAAUGUCUUAUGAUGUGGCACGUUUUUUAAACAAAAUUGAGCAGAAGUAUUCUAAGACAGAAGCGGGGAUAUGUCAUUAUGAUGAAGCCAUUAAAGUUGCUAGAGAAUGUAAUAUAAGCAAAGGGGACUUGCCACAAGUCCUUGAGUUUCUUCACCGAAAUGUUGGCACUCUCUUGUACUUUGAAGAGGUUGAUGGUUUGAAUGAGUUUGUGAUUUGCAAUCCUGAUGCUCUUUUCUUCUCGCUCAAUAGGUUUAUUCGCUCAAUAGGCAAUAAUGGUGCAAUUCGUUUAUCAGGAGAAGUCCCUGCCAGUUUAUUGGAUGGUACCACAAUUCAAGAGUGUACUCUGCCAAUUUCCGAAAGGCACAUCAUUAGCUUGCUAAUGCAUCUCAACCUUUUCAUGGAACUGCCACUUAACAGUGACAUCUACUUUUCCUCAAAUAUUUUAUUACCAGAUACAAACAUUAUUUUGCCUACAGAGGAAGAAGUGCAUACAAUUCAGAAUAGUCCUCUACUCAUACAAUUCGAAGGCUGUUAUGUGCCAAGCAGAUUAUUCAAUGCACUUAUCGUUAAGCUUGCUCAAAAAUGGAAGCUCAGAACACCUGGCCGUUCCAGUAACAGUGUCUGUUUUAUUACUGAGUAUGGUGAUGCCAUACGUCUUCUCUCUCGGUUUUCACACAUGGAAAUACAUGUUGAAGGGGCAUCUGCUAUACACAUGCAUGUAUCGCAGUUCAUUGUAAAAACUCUUACAAAGAUAGCAUCGAGCACUCAAUCAUUUUCAAUCGGCUUCUAUUGUCCCGAGCCAAAGCCCAUCCCUCAUUUCAGUCAGCUACAAAGGUCCUGUAGUUCUUUGAUCUGCUCUGCUAUCCAGUGUCCUUUGUACAACAAAGAAAUCCCAUUGCAAAGUCAGCAUAAAAUGUGGUAUCCAAGCAUUGCAAAGGGCAUAGUGUCACCAAGAGCAUUUCCAAGAUCACUUCGUACACCUCAAGAAAAUGUGAUUUGCACCACAACUGAUCCUGGUAUCACUAAGCAAUCAGGAAAAUUAAAAAAUGUAGAAGAAAAUAUUGCCAAAAAAGAUUUAGAAAUUGCUCAUCUCAAACACAAAAUAACAGAGCAGGAAAAGAUGCUUAAGAAGAGAAGAAUAGAUGUAAUUGACCUCAUUCCCAAAAUAUUGCUGGCACGUAUUAAAUCAAGAUUAGCUGCCUAUUUAUGGAACUCAGUACUAACACCAACACAAAGUUUACUGGCCUCUAAUAAAUUGGCAUUGCUCCAUUUACUAAUUUUUACCAUUCUCAUCUGCUUCUCAUAUCAAGGCAGUAAUAAUCUUAAAGAAUCAUUAGUUGGAGUUGAGAUUCUCGCAUCUAAUAAGCUUUUAGUAGCUGGUGGUCAACACGAACGAUUGCAUUGGGAUGACUUUGGAAUAAAACUAGACAUACCUCAUGAUGCUCUUCCUCGUGGUGUACUGGCUGAAAUUGUGAUUCAUGUAAGCAAGUCAGGGCCUUAUGUGCUACCAAAUUCUCAAGAGUGGAAAAUGUCUAGUGCUAUUUACUGGAUAACCAGCAACAAGGAUUUUCAAAAACCAAUACUUCUAGGGAUAUGGCAUAAUAUUAAUGAUAUAAAAAAUGUAUCACAUAUUCGUUUUAUUUCUGCUGAACAAGUUAGAGAAGGCAAUAAAUAUAUUUUUAGAAAGCUAGCUACUGGUUACUUUUUAAGUGAAGAUUCUUAUGGGUACAUAUCACUUCUUCAUUUCAGUGGUUUUUGUAUUCAAGCCAGCAGAGAUUCUGAUUCUAAAUUAGUUGGAAGUCUCUUGCACAAAUCGUCUCAGUCUGGUUAUAAAUUUGAAUAUAGCUUCCUCAUUUAUGAAGAAAGGCCACAAGGGUUAUCACAAAAACUUAUAAGUGAAUCCGGUUAUACUGACUGGCUAAUAUCACCUCCUGUUAUAGUCGAGUUCCAGUCAGAAAUGAUUCAGUUAGUUAUAAACACUAACGGUACGAAUCAAUGGAAAGUAAUGGCAAGAUUUCCACCUGCAAUAUGCUAUAAAAAGGACAUCAUUGAUGGCAUUGUUAUAAGUAAUAUGCAAUUCUUUGCUACCUGGAAAGGAAAAUCAAAACCAGAUCCUGACCCUAUAACACUAAACUUGCAAGGAGCCAAAAGACCAGAAGCCCUUAUUAUCAUUCCAGAAGCCAUUAAAGAUCCGCUUGGCAACACAGAACUUAUUUCACCUACUCAGUUAGCGAAUCUUGUCUUGCACCUAAGUGAGGUCAAUGAGAUACUUCAGCUGUGUCUGUUUAUGGGCAUAUCAUUCCCUGGAUGUGAAAAAAUACAGAUGGAGCACAAGGAUAUUGAUGUCCAGAAAAUAGUCCUCAUUCACAAAUGGUUUGAAGGUGGUCCUAGAAUGUGGAGCCAGUUUAUACGAGCACUGGCAAUGAUUAAAAAAUGCAAAAAGGCAGCAGAAAUGGCUAGAGAACAUAAGGCUGAAUUUUCUGAAACAGAUGAAGCUGUUUUGUCCUGUCCAGAUCUUGGGAAAAGGGAAUUAUAAUACUUUUUAAUAGUAAUAGCAUGUCAGUAUUGUAUAAUCUUUGAGCACAGAAACAAUAUCAUCAAAUGUUAAUAGAUCUAAAUCUCCAGCAUUUUAGCAUGUUGGUUUAUUUUGCUUUUUUUAGUAAGUGUUUGUUUGUAUAGUCUAUACAUAUGUUAUUAAAGUUUAUAAAGGAA